AUGGAGGACAUCCAGCCUAUCUCAGCUGCUGAACAAGCAUCAUUCUGUGUGGAACUGAUGAAACGCCUCAACAUUGAGCGAAAACAAGAUUAUUUAUGCGACAUUACUUUGGUGUCGAAGGACAACAGAGAGUUUAAGGCUCACAGAAAUGUUCUUUCCGCCGCAAGUCCGUUCUUUUGCAGGCUUCUUAAGAGCGACAUGAAGGAGAAUCGGGAAGGGAUUAUUCGCUUUGAAGAAAUUUCAGGAUCCAUUAUGGAAGAUGUUUUGGAAUUCAUUUACACUGGGACUGUGGCGGUGACUCAAGAGAAUAGUAAGGAACUGAUCGCCGCAGGGAAUUAUCUGAUCAUACCAGGCUUGAAAACAGCUUCAGGGCGGUUUUUGGAACGAGAAAUGUCACACAUAAACUGUAUUUCAACCUUUUACCUUGCUGAGAAAUAUGAUUGUGACGAGCUUAUCACUAACAGCAGGCGUUUCAUUCACGAAAACAUCGUUUCCGUGGCAAAACUGGAUGAAUUUUUGCACUUGGAAGCUAAAGAGAUCGAGAAGUGGAUUUCGUCGGACGACAUUACAGUCAAAGAGGAAGCUGAUAUUUUUAAAAUCAUAUUAGACUGGGUAAACCACAGAAAGGGGUGA